ACAAUAAUGGUCUCCUUUCAGCAUUUUUGUAGCGGGUUCCUUCUUCUCUCCUUUGCUUUGUUCGUGAUCGUGUGUUUUGCUGACGAAGGAGCGAACAAACAUGACGAUAGUGAUGAAAAGAUAACAAUUCGUGCUAGUAACGUGUCGGCCAGAAUACUUGGUCGGUCAGGAAAAAUAAUGGUUGUACGAAAUGAAAAAGACGACAAUGAUGAUAAAGAUGGCAAAGAUAGUGAUGACAAAGACGACAGCGAUGGCACAGACAAAGACGACGAGAAUGACUCGGAAAGCAAAGACGACAUAGAUGAUAAAAACGACAAAGAUAGCCCAGAUGAUAAAGACGGGUCCGACGAUAAAGAUGAUAAAGACAAUGAUAAAGAUGACGAAGAUGAUGACGAUGACGAAGAUUUUACUGAUGACAACGAAAACUUGUUAAGUUUUGAACUCGAUGAAAUCGAAGAAAAAGAUGCAGAUGACAAUGAAGUCGAUGACAAACAUUCUGUGGAUUCCUUUGAUGAUGUGAAAUUCACCUUUGGGAAAGUAAAUGAGAAGUCUACGCUCGACGGAAUCCGCGUCACCACUGUGAACUUGUCAACUUAUCUUGAUAAUCAAAAGGCUUCACUUGAAAUCAUAGUGUAUAUGUUUCAUGAACCUGGGAGUGUCAGAUUUGGAAAUGAGACAUUUGCUGUACAAAGUGGAACUGUCAAGUUCAAUAUUAAGAUCAGUAACUGGAAUUUCUGUGACGAUGACGAUUCACCUGGAGAAUGUAGUGAGGGCAAAGUAGGAGAAUUUCUCGAUCUUAGCCUUAAAAUAAAGAGCAAGGGAUCUCCGAAAGAGGUGGACGAAGAUGACCGCAGAAAAAAGGUCUGCGACUCUAAAGAUGAUGAUGACGAUGAUAAGGAUAAAGAUGACGAUGACGACGAUGACGAUGACUGCCCCAUCAUAUACGACGUUGGUGGAGACUCAGAACUGCUACUAAAUAAAGGGGUCAUGAUAGACGGUGAUGAGUACACUACUAUGCCACAAGGAUUUCCCAAAUUUGAAUCCGAUGACAAUGAAAGGAAGUUCGUGUUUCGUGUCCCGAAGUUUAAAAGACACGUGCUGAUUGAUCCGAGUGUGAAUGUUGGCAAGGUGCUAAAGGAAGUCGUCAGAAAGAGUGCUGCCUCUUGGUUACAGUUCAAUAUUCCUGUUAUUGUUCUGCUUCUCGUUGCAGCUAUUUUUACAGCUCAGUGAUAGACUUUGAAAUAGAACCAGUCGCUUGAUUAAGGCCAAUAAACGUUGUGGAUGUUAAA